UGUAGUCUCGACCCAUCCGGAGUAAGAAUAGACAGAAGAGAUUCGCCUCGUCUUUUAUAACAGAAUGCCGGAAUCAGAUAAAUCUAACAAAGUUGUCAUUAAAUCCGAGGAGAACCAAGGACGGUAUCUGGUAGCAGGAGCAGAUCUGGAGGACGGAGACAUUAUUCUUAGUGAAUAUCCUGUAGUAGCUGGACCCCUGUAUACCCGGAGUAAACCGGUUUGCCUGGCUUGUUUAAUGAUAGUCGGAGAGAACUCCUACAGGUGCAAUAAAUGCAAUUUUCCUUUGUGCGAUGAGAAAUGUGAGGAAGGAGUUUUGCACCAGGAGGAGUGCAAAAUUUUCAAGAGCGCAAACUUUAGUCCUCAGAUAGAAGAUUGGAAUUCAUUUUGUCCGAUCUAUUCAUGCAUCACUGUUUUAAGAACCCUGAUAUUAAGAGACACGGAUCCGGAGGGUUGGAAGAUAGUGGACGCGUUAAUGGAUCAUGACAAGGAAAGAACGGAGAGAGAUUCUCCAACCUGGAAAAUUCAUGAACUCCUGGUUGUUAGUUUUAUAUUAAAAACCUUAGGACUAGAACAGUUUACCCACCUGGAGAUAAGACGAGCCAUCGGUAUUCUCCGAACCAACUCCGUUAAGCUGGAGAGCAGGGUUGGGUUUGGUGAGGGGAUAGCAAUCUAUCCAACCUAUUCAUUUGCCAACCACAGCUGCCUUUGCAACUCCCAUACUAAGAAGUAUAAGGAUCUCAGGCUUGAACUAAUAGCUCAGACUUCAAUAAAANAAGGGGAAAUAGUGUGGACUCGGUAUACAACUCCACAAUUGGGAAAUUUCCAGAGAAUCGCCGACAUUCAGAGAACGUGGCAUUUUCAGUGUUCUUGCGCACGUUGUCAGGAUCCAACAGAGUUUGGAACUAUGCUGAGUGGGUUGAUGUGUAGAGAGGGAUGUCCAGGAAUUCUUCUUCCUAAACAUUCAAAUAUUUUAGGUUCCCCCUGGAGCUGCUCCGUGUGUAAGAAGAGAAUAGGAAUCCUAACCGUAGAGAAGGUUAUCAAGGAAGUCACGGAGGAUAUUGGCAAAAAUAGAGAGGAAUCAAACCAGGAUUUAAUUAAACUCAUUCAGAAGUACGAAGGAACGGUUCUGCAUCCCAACCACUACCUACUCCUUGGUAUUAAGGAGAUCAUCCUCCAGAGGUUGAUGAUGGACCUCAACAACAAGGAGAAAUAUAACAGACUCUCCAGGGAGGAUAAGAUCAGUUCUUUGAGCCUACGGAGCAAACUGUUCCGAGAGAUUGUGUGUAUCCUUGAGAUUGUUGAUUCUCCAGGUGCACCCUGGAGACAGAAACUGGAGAAGAUGGAGAAAGAGGAGAAAGAACUCUUAAGACAACUUUAAUUCAUUCUUUUUAAUAGUAAAAAAUAUAGAAAAUUCGGGUUUUAACUGUUAUUUUUUUUCUUCAAAACUUUACCCAGUUUUUGUACUUUCAGGAGUUAUUAUUUUUCUUUAAUUUAGAAAUAUGAAAUAUUCUCUGAUUAUCUAUAGUAUUGCAUUAGACCCUCACAGACUUCUUUUUAUAAAUAUCUCCAUAAUUUCUGAAAAUAAUUUUAUUACUCAUGCACCAACUAUAUACUAUUACGCUUUAUUAUUAUUAUAAACGCAUUACUAUGGCCGCCUCAGUUUAGUAUAUAAAAAGCAUGGAAAAUGGCCUUUGUGUGUUUUGAAUUGAAUAGCUGGCAUUGUGCACAAUAUUGUUAUCUGUUUUCAUUAUGUACGAUGAGUAUUUGUAAAGUGCAAUAUGCAUUAUUCAAUUAGUUCAUUUUUCUGUACAUGACAUUAAUGUUGCAUUAGCUAAAUUAUAUUCGAAUAAUUAUUCGGAUCCGGUGCAGGUGAAUCUUGCUACUUCUCAUCCUUUUAAUACCCCUCCCUGGACUUGGCAGCUUAU